AUGGCUAUCAGGGCUUUUGGUCAGAGUCAUAUGUACAGGGUGUGGCGACAGAUCGAACCUGUAGUCUGCCUUGGAGCAGCUGUUGGUCUCUGUUGGGCAGCUUGGAGCUACUACGCGCGCAAGUCAUGUCUGCGCACCUACGGACGCUACAUGAACGGCAACACAAGCGGCCCGGUGGUCGGCCGGGAUGACGAGAUCGACAGUGUCGUCUCCAUUCUCUGCUGCAAGACCAAGAAUUGUGUGGCACUCGUCGGAGCCCCAGGGGUGGGCAAGACGGCCAUCGCCGAGGGCCUCGCGCAACGGAUUGCUGCUGGGAAGGUCCCUGCCGAGCUUUCCAAGGCACGUGUCGUGGAGGUUGAUCUGGGGGCCAUGGUGGCCGGCACUGCACUGCGUGGUAUGUUUGAAGAGAGAAUGAAGACCAUGAUAAAGAAGGCGGAAAAUUCGGGCGGCAAUAUAAUUCUCUUCAUCGACGAGAUGCACAUGCUGAUUGGCGCCGGUGAUAAAUGGGGAAGCAAUGAUGCUGCUAAUAUUGUGAAACCCGCGUUGGCCCGUGGUCGUAUCCGCUGUGUGGGCGCGACAACUUUUGAUGACUACCGCAAGUACAUUGAGAAGGAUGCAGCGCUCGAACGGCGGUUCCAGAAGGUGCAUAUUGAAGAACCGAGCACGCAGGCGACCAUUGCCAUUCUGUGGGGCAUAAAGCAGCAGUAUGAACGGCACCAUAGCUUGGAAAUCCAAGAUGCCGCUAUUGUUGCUGCUGCAGAGCUCACUGGCCGCUACAUCACUGGUCGUCAAUUUCCUUGUAAGGCUAUUGAUCUGAUUGAUGCGGCGUGUGCUACUGCAAAGAAAAUGAUGCAGAUUGACAGUCAAGAAAAGGAAGAGGACACUGUGAAGAAAGCAAUUGUUGCACCAAAUCAUGUCGCACAAGCUGUGAGCCGAUGCACCGGAAUUCCUGUCUCUAUGCUUGAUCAAGAGGAGAAGGAUAGGUUAAUCCACCUAGCGGAUAGACUUCAUGAGCGAGUUGUUGGCCAGGAUGAAGCGGUAAAUUUGGUUGCAGAAGCAGUCUUACGUUCCAGGGCUGGCCGUGAUCAGCCUGGCCAACCCAUAGGCUCGUUCCUCUUCUUAGGAUUGACUGGUGUUGGAAAGACAGAGCUUGCAAAAGCUCUUGCCGAGCAGCUAUUCGACAGUGAGAAAAUGUUGGUUCGCAUUGACAUGUCUGAAUAUGUUGGGUUUGGAGCUGUGGCGCGCCUAAUUGGAGCUGCACCAAGCUGCAUUGCCUAUGAUGAUGGUGGACAACUGACUGAAAUAGUGAGGAGGCGCCCAUAUAGUGUCAUCCUUUUUGACGAGGUGGAGAAGGCAGAUCCCUUGGUGCUGAAUGUUUUUAUUCAACUUCUUGAUGAUGGUGUUCUGACUGAUGGCAAAGGCUGGACCGUAGAUUUCAAGAAUACUAUCAUCAUUAUGACCUCAAAUCUAGGAGCAGAGCACCUAACAGCUGGAAUGGCUGGAGAAAGCACAAUGGAAGCUGCAAAGGAGCUUGUGAUGAAAAAGGUUCACAAACACUUUAAGCCUGAAUUUCUGAACAGACUGAGCGAGGUGGUGAUAUUUGAGCCACUUCUGCAUGACAAACUGAAGGAGAUUGUAAAAAUUCAGAUGAAAAGUGUCACUGCAAGGGUAGCUGCCAAGAGCAUCUCUCUGUCUGCAAGCGAUGCUGUGUUGGACGGUAUAUUGUUGGAAUCAUGCAACCUAAUGUAUGGCGCAAGGCCCAUAAGGAGGUGGGUGCAGAAGAAUGUGAUGACAGUGCUGUCCCGGAUGCUGCUCAAAGGUGAAGCCGUUGAAGGCUCAACUAUCGUCAUUGAUGCUACGGAUGACAAAACGGGGCUCAAGUACGAAGUGUUAAAUCCACAAGGCAAGAGUCCAGUGGUGGAACUUUCCUGUGACAAGACAAAGGUGACAUAA